UCGUAAGUGAUACCACAAGGAUUGGCUCACUCAGGAAGUUUGCUAGCUAGCUCGUGCUUCACGACCGUCAGCCAUCAACUGUCAGCGUGUAGCUUGAUUAUUGUUAUUUUUUUCUUGCCUCAUUACCUUUAAUGUCUUACUAUGUUUGCAUUCUGAACGAUUGUAGUUAGUAUUCGUAUUUUUUUGUCUGCUUUUUUCGAAUUACAAACCCCUCCUCUGUGUUUUUUUGCAACUCUUCACCAUCGCAAAAUGCUCGGUUGUGGCAUGCUGGAGAGGGACAGACAGGCUCUGCGGAAACGUUCUGCUACCCUGUGCAAGCAGAUGGUGGUGGACGAGCUGCUCCUUCAAUGUCUGCAGGCGGACAACAUCCUCACUGAGAACAUGGCCGAGGGCAUCCUGGCCGAACCGACGUCUCAGAAGCGCAGCUGGCGUUUGUUGUAUCUCCUUCCCAAGCGGGGGCCACAAGCCUUCCAAAGCUUCUGCACCGCUCUGAAAGACACUGAGCAGCAACACCUGUGUGAGCUGCUCACACAGGGUUUGCUUCCUGAGGAGGCGUCAGAGGGACAAACGGGGCUGCAGCUUAUGCAGGCCUCAGAGCGGAGGAGAGAGAGGUACAGCGACUCUUCUUUUCCACUUUCUACCCAGGAGGAAACUGCAGCCAAGCGAGCAAAGAUGCACGAGUCCAUGGAGUUCAGUCUGGCGUCGGACAGCCCCAUCACCACCCCGGUGCUCCCUUGCACACACGACUUCUACCUCUCUCGCUGCCAAACGUCAUAUAGAAUGAUUUCCUCCCCACGCGGUUUAGCCCUGGUGAUCAGCAAUGUGACAUUUAACCCUUGCGCCACACCCGACCUUGACACCAGGAAAGGAGGCGAGGUGGACGACGAGGUACUCAGGAAGGUCUUCACAGAGCUGGACUACAUGGUCACAGUCCACAGAGACCUGACUGCUGAGGACAUGAAAUCCUGUAUCGAGACAUUCCGUAGACGUCCGGAGCACCGGACAAUGGACAGCUGCGUGGUGUGUCUGCUCUCGCACGGCAUAGAUGGAGCCGUGUACGGCACAGACGGUCAGCUCCUGCAGCUGGAAUGGGUGUUUGAGGCUUUUGACAACGCACACUGCCCGCUGUUGCAGAAUAAACCCAAGAUGUUUUUCGUCCAAGCAUGCAGAGGAGAGGACCUGGACUGUGGAGUAGAGCAGGUAGAUGGGCCGGGAAGGACCAGCUCACCCAGCUGUGAACAGCGGGAUGCUGGCAGAGAAGGUCCAGGGGACGCUGGUUCCAGACAGGGAGGAGACUUGGGGCAACCAAGGGUUAAACUACCCCAGCGGUCCGACAUGAUCUGCGGCUUUGCCUCUCUCAAAGGUCAGAGAAUUUGCACAGCGGCCAUGCGCAACACCAAGCGAGGAUCCUGGUACAUACAAGAGCUUAACGCUGCCCUGCGCCUCCGAGCCAGAGACACACACCUGGCAGACAUCCUCGUGCAGGUCAACGGGCGAAUCAAAGAGCGUGAGGGUUACGCCCCCGGGACACCCCACCACCGUUGCAAAGAGAUGUCCGAGUUCACCAGCUCUCUGUGCAAAGAUCUCUACUUCUUCCCCAAACAGUCCCACUUUUCAUAGCGCUCCUGCGCCAUUCCUGCCCAGUGUGUGCACACAUUCCCUCAUUCCAAGUGUUUUACUGCCACACACGCGCAUGCGCACAUUCCAGCCUUACAAGCACACACACACUGGCAUCCAAGCAUGUAUUCAUUCACAGUUUAUAUGUAAACACUGCCUCAGCAACACUGCACACUGAGAUGUUGCACGAAGCUAGGAAGCUUAUGCUAAUGAAAAUGUUCAACAUUUCGGUGUACAAUUCCACUGUUGACGCAGCAAAGGUGUUAAUCCCCUUGAAUUGGCAUAAUUUUAAAAUGUGCUUUGUUCAGUUUUUUUUAUACAAACUUCAUUUAUAAGUAUUUUUAAUGCACCUUUUAAUAUGUUGUCAAGUUGUCUUGUCAUUGCAGUAUACUGACAGGCAGGGGGCAGUAUUGAGAAAUGAGGUUGGUGCAGCUCUUUUCCCCCCACUCUGUCUCCACACCAAAUAUGAACUUCUCCAGCAUUCCAGAAUGCUUUCUACACUCUCGAGGAUGUUCCCUUGAUACAGUUCAAUCCCUCUGACCUGGGUUAAAUUACAGGAAAUAUGAUGUAAAUAUUUGUUUGUUUGUUUUUUUAAUGUAAAUGUCACUCAUGACAGGGGAACGUGUGGUGCUACUCUUGGGGCCUUAUACCUACAUUGUGAACUUUGACCUUUACGCUCGCGCUGACACCCAAUCACGCUUCUCCCCGAGGGGGUGCUACGCAUUUAGCGACAACCGCCACCCACCCAAUGUGCAUUUUUUUAGUGGUAUUUUACUGUAUAUGAUACAGGGAUUUAAGUCUUCCUUUAAAAAAAAAAAAACAACGUCUGUCUUGCACUUAGUGGCCCUGUAUUGAUAAAUGACUGUGCUGGCUUUCACGGUAUAUUGAACCAUUUACCCCCCCCCCCCCCCCCCCCCCAGUCUAACAUACAGACAGGGGUAUUUCUCAAUGCUGUGUGUGCAUUGAUGUUUCCCAGAAAAAGACCCAAAGAGGCAACAUGUGUUUGGUUACAGUGUUGUGUUGGAAGAUAAUUCAUGUUGGGAGCAGUAUUGAUCUGUAACCAGAGAGGCUUUCAAGCUGGCGUGGUGCAUGUGUGCGUUUACCCCUCUUGAGUAUUUGUUUUAAUAAUAAGAAGAGGGGGGAAAAAGUGAGAGCAUGUGAAGGCCAUUCACUGCCAAACUUUUGUGCAUAGAGGAGGGGGCAAAGGGGAUUUAUUUCUGUCAUCACCGAUGACUGCCAAAUCUCCUUUACAAUAAACAAUGUGUUUAUCAACAAGAAAAGUGUUUCCUUCUGCUCCCACAGCCGUGUAUGUACCCUUAACGCUGCUCUCUGCACAAAUGUGCGUUCCUCCUCUCUAUUUGAGCCACUUCUUUGCUGUGUUUGUGUGUGUUGUUGUUGCCCACGUUACUGUGUGUCCUCGCCAUGCUCAGGUGUACUGUGACUGGUCACUCGCUAUUCCGCUGCGCUCAGGUCUCUCCAUGCUCUAGGACGUGUGUCAUUCCCACCGUGCAGUGAUAAUAUUCAUAGUGUAUCAGAUGGAGGUCCAGGCCAGCUGUCCGGAGUCAUUCCCUGUUGACACACACAUGCACAUGCGCGUGCACACAUUGUGGUGAUGGCAGUAAUACAUUUCUCUACGGCCUGUGGUGGAGCUGUGAGAUUAGGCUGUUAUGCACUGGCGUGUGGACCACAAAGCGGGAUGGGGUUAAGGGGGAUCUGCAUGUGUCUAUGUCUUUGUGGUUGUCAUGAUGGUGGCACAACUUGUCAGGCUGAGAGGACGGACCACAGGCCCACACACACACACACACACACAUGCUCAUGCUGAAGGAUGUUUUUGCAGCAAGCCGCAGAGCAUCUUCAGCGAAAUCUCUGCGGUCUAACGCUAUUCUGGGAGUGCUACAUUUUGAAGCAAUUGUUUCCAUACUAAAUGUCAUUAUUGAUCCGCUGAAUGCCUCUGUUGAACUAACCACUGAGCGUGCUGUGCAUGGUCUACAAAACUGGUGGGGCCUUGAAUUAUCACCAGAUCAAAAAACAGUUGCAUUAACAGCUGUGGCUGUAGGGAAUCUCCUGGUGUAUUUUUUUUAAAUUAACUUCAGAACUGCAUUUGAAGUAUCAUGAGCGGUCAGCACACAGCAGUUGUACAGUAUCUACAUCUGCAUGCACUUUAAAACUUUGUUACUAUUAUUCAAAAUUAACUCAUCAGUAUUAUUAAUGCCAGCUGAGGAGGCACUAUUGUGCAACAUACUUGUUGCAACAACAAAUGAGAAAUUAUCUCCUGUUUCCAGUUAAACGGCCCAACUCCAAGUAAAGCAUUUGCAGUGGAAAUAGUCUGUUCCGGGGUCAAACUGUCGCCAACAUGAAAUUGUUGUAAGUAUAAAAAAAAGUUAAUGGUAGGGGUGUAACAAGAUCUUAAAAGUGAUUUAUUUUUUUUAUUGUUUAAAAAAUCAUAAAAAAUUAAUUAAUUAAUCACAUAAAAAAAUUAACUGCAUCAUUUUGCCAGCCAUGUGCAUGUGUGUCUGUGUGUCCCCUCUUCUCUUGCUUCCAAAUAGGCAUUGAAGAGAGUUCACUCUGUAUUGGUUUCAACACCUUGGUGUGUUUGUUCCACAGAACAACGACAUGAACGGAGUGAGCCCUUCUGUCAAUCAGUCUCGGUGUGGUGGAGGUGGGACUGCUAGCAUACACAGACAAUAGGGAAGAGUAACGUUGUGGAAAAGAAUUGGUAAACUGCAAUAUAAUUAUGUUUUUUCAUUAUACUUUUCUUGAAAGUUAUGGUCAAAUCUUGUUUAGGGUCGGAGGCCCACACUUUGGGUAUCCUAUCUCUGGUGUCUUGUACCAUAUUUUUUUAAUUACAAAUAAUUGUCUUUGAAGUUUUCGGCACAAUUAUGCCACUGUCCUGUGACCUUUGGCACUAAUUUUCCCGCCUUGCAUAUCCAUACAGAAAUGCCAUCCAUUUAUUUUCUAUGCCGCUUAUCCUCAAUAGGGUUGCGGAUAUGCUGGAACCUAUCCCAUCUGACUUCCGGCGAGAGGCGGGGUACACCCUGGAGUGGUCGCCAGCCAAUCACAGGACUAUCUAAUUUAUCCAUAUUGUACUGAGCAACCAGGACAAAGGUGCGUGUACCACUCCAUGAUCACUAUCACACAUCUGCCAUCUCUGGUGACUAGGGGUGUCACAAGAUAAAAAUUUGUUCCAUAGAACAAUGGCAUGAACA